CCCAAAAUCCCUAGAACCAAAAUCCCUAAAAUCUGGUAGUUGUUCCAGAGGCUUCCUUGCUGUAUUUUCCCUCUUUUGCUUCAGUAACUCAAUCAAUUCUCUUCUAAUGGCUUCUUCUGCUGCUUCAUCCUCUCAUCGAGUUUUCUUGAGUUUCAGAGGAGAAGACACGCGCUAUAACUUCACCGGUCAUCUACUCGAAGCUUUGAAAGGCAAGGGCCUUGAUGUCUUGUUCGAUAUUAAAGAAAAACUAGAAAAGGGGAAGGAGUUUUCACAAGCACUCUCAGAUGCAAUUUCAGCCUCAAAUCUCUCAAUAGUCGUUUUAUCGAAAGGCUAUGCUUCUUCCAAAUCGUGCCUGACUGAACUUUCUGUUAUCAUGGAUAGCAAGCGCACUCCUGUACCUGUUGUUCUUCCCAUCUUCUACAAUGUUGAUCCUUCUCAUGUUCGAGAAAUUGUUGGGAUUUUUAAAACAUCCUUUGAAAAGCACGAAUCAAAGAGCAGAUCAGUUGAUGAAGUGAAUCGAUGGAGAUCUGCUUUUGCUGAGGUCGGUAAAUUAAAAGGGUGGCGUAUUGAAGGAGGCAAAUUCGACAGAACUGAAAUCGAACACAUCAAGGAUAUUGUUGAAUCUGUUAUACAAAAGUUGAUGAUGAAGCAUCAAGUUUUCUUGAGCUUCGGUGAAGACACCCGCCACAACUUCACCAGUCAUCUACUCAAAGCUUUGAAAGACGAAGGAAUCAGUUUCUUUUUCGAUGAAGAAAAAGUGGAAAAUAGGGAACAACUUUCACCAGCACUCUCUCAAGCAAUUGCAGCCUCAAUUCUCUCCAUAAUUGUUUUGUCUAAAGACUACGCUUCUUCAAAAUCAUGCUUGGCUGAACUCUAUGACAUAAUGGACUGCAAGCGCACUCAAGGACAUAUUGUACUUCCUAUCUUUUACCAUGUUGAUCCCUUUGAGACUUCUUUUGAAGAGAAUGAGUCAAAGUGGCCUCUUGAUGAAGUGGAGAGAAGGAAAUCUGCUUUUGUUGAAAUCGGUAAAUUAGAAGGGUGGCGUACUCAUACAGUAGGAGGCAAAUUCGACAGACCUGAAACCGAGUACAUCAAGGAAGUUGUUGAAUGUGUUACUGAAAAAUUGAAGAAUAGCAAUUCUGCAAGUGCUUCUAAAGAAUUGGGUGGAGUAGUUGAUCAUAAAAAGACAAUUUCAAGUGUUAUAGGUGGAACUACCCAUGAUGAUGCUAUAUGCAAGGAAGUAUCUCUAAAGCUUGAAGAUGGUUACCUUCAAAAUGCGAGUUGGAAAAUAGAAAAACAAAGGAGGGAAUCUUCCACGGCAUCUUCUUCUGUUCGCUGUCGAAGAGUGCGUAAUUUUUUCGGUAGCUUUAAGGCCGGUUCGAUUAUUCGGAUGGAGGAAGAUGAUAACAAUCUGCACAGAACGGCGUCGUUCGGUGAUGGCAUGUCCGAAUCCAUAUUGGUAAGCGCCUUGUCGUACGUACACGACCCGAGGGACCGAGCCGCCAUUUCGCUCGUCUGCCGGAGGUGGUACGAGCUCGAGUCGUUGUCGCGCAAGCACAUAACCAUCGCGUUUUGUUACGCGAUUACGACAGAUCGGUUGCAGCGGCGUUUUCCGUUCCUGGAAUCGUUGAAGCUGAAGGGAAAGCCUUGGGCGGCGAUGUUCAAUCUGAUACCCGAUGAUUGGGGAGGGUACGUCACGCCGUGGGUGAGGGAAAUAGCGGAGAACUUCGAUUGCUUGAGAUCACUUCAUUUUAGGAGGAUGAUUGUUAGAGAUUCGGAUCUCAAGGUUUUGGCUCGGUCUAGGGGGAGAGUUUUGCAGGCUUUGAAGCUUGAUAAAUGCUCUGGGUUUUCAACUGAUGGACUCUUCCAUAUUGGAAGCAUGUGCCGGCAACUAAGAACCUUGUUUUUAGAAGAGAGCUCAAUUAUCGAGAGAGAUGGAAAAUGGCUUCACGAGAUAGCGAUGAAUAACUAUGUUCUCGAGACUUUGAACUUUUACAUGACUGAUCUUUUCCGAGUGAGCUUCAAAGACCUUGAACAGAUUGCCCGAAAUUGUAGCAACUUGACCUCUGUGAAAGUUAGUGAUUGUGAGAUCCUGGAUCUUGUUGGCUUCUUUCGUACUGCUUCUGUUUUAGAAGAAUUCUGUGGGGGUUCUUUCAAUGAGCAAUCGGACAGGUAUAAUGUUGUAAGGUUUCCCCCGAAGUUAUGCCGUUUGGGCUUAACAUAUAUAGGGAGCCAUGAAAUGCCGAUCGUGUUUCCUUUUGCAUCGUCGCUUAAAAAGUUGGAUCUUCUCUAUGCGUUGCUUGACACAGAAGAUCAUUGCUUGUUAAUUAAGCGAUGCCCGAACUUGGAAGUUUUCGAGACAAGGAAUGUUAUUGGAGAUACAGGAUUAGAAGUUCUUGCUCAAAGCUGUAAGAAACUAAAGCGGCUUAGAAUCGAGCGAGGAGCGGAUGAGCAAUUAAUGGGGGAUGAAGAAGGCGUGGUUUCGCAUAGAGGAUUAACAGCUUUAGCUCAGGGAUGCCUUGAAUUGGAAUAUAUAGCCAUUUAUGUAUCAAACAUCACGAAUGCAUCAUUGGAAUCCGUCGGGACUUAUUCCAAAAAUCUCUCUGAUUUUCGCCUAGUUUUGCUUGACGGAGAAGAAAGGAUAACAGACUUGCCUCUUGACAAUGGAGUACGAGCUCUACUGAGAGGCUGUGAAAAGCUUAGAAGAUUUGCACUCUAUCUCCGACCUGGUGGUUUGACUGAUGUGGGACUCGGUUAUAUCGGGCGAUAUAGUCCGAACGUGAGAUGGAUGCUUCUGGGAUAUGUUGGGGACUCCGAUAACGGACUGCUGGAGUUCUCCAAGGGAUGUCCUAGCUUGCAGAAACUCGAGAUGAGGGACUGCUACUUCAGCGAGCGCGCACUUGCAUAUGCCGCGUUGCAAUUACCUUCUUUGAGGUACUUAUGGGUGCAAGGAUAUGAAGCAUCAUCACAAUCAGGUCGCGAUCUGUUAGCCAUGGCUCGUCCGUUCUGGAAUAUCGAGCUAAUUCCCGCGAGACGAGUCAUUACGACUAAUCAACUUGGACAUAAAGUUCCACAACAUCCGGCUCAUAUACUCGCCUACUACUCCCUAGCCGGACCCAGAACAGAUUUUCCAGAUACUGUUGUUCCUUUGGCUCCGGUGCUGUAAAUAUGAUUUGGUGGG